ACGAACCAGGCAGAGUAUUCCGAGGGCGAUCCAGGAGAAGAGACAGUUCCAAUGCAGGCACAGGAGCUCCAUGCUAUCCAAGAGCGACUGGUGGGCGCGGAUAUCGUUAUCGAGCAGCAUGGAUAUCCGACGACUGGCGUUGUCAGGAAGCCGGUCUUGAACGUUAAGGAAAACAGCGGCUGCGGAAUGCUAGGAGGGGAGGACACGGAGGGCAGCGAGGUCGUGGUGGGCGGCGAGGUCGUGAUGGGUGAAGAGGGAGGGAGUCAUGCAUCGUCCACGACAAACCUGCGACAGAUUGCACCACCAAGUCAGAUCAACAGCCAACCUGAGACGGACGCUGCGACAGAGGCCUCCACUCAAUCGGUCAUAAACGCCAACCCCGAGUGCAUCGUGGACGAUGGACAAAGCCGCGGUGGGACUCUUGAAGCAGAACUUGCAUCCAGGACGAGCGAUGUAGCGAUUCAAGGGGCGGAGACGACACACAUAGCUCCGAUACUCAGACAAGGCACUGACGAUCAAGCCGAAAUCGGGGUGCGUAGUCCAGCGACGGUCGAGUAUAUCGCACAAGAGCCCGGCCGUGUCGAGCAAGCAGCUGCGCAAGCUGAACCUGUGCUGCAGGGCAAUGUAAUCGUGCUGAGCGAGAGCGAAGUACUAGUAAGUCGACAUACGAUGGGUCGCAUUUGUUGGCAUGACCCACCAUGA